GUCCGAUACUGUUGUAUUCCACCUGUAUGGGAUGAUUCUUUGCAUCGAAAUAGGCUCUGGUAACAAAUCGUAGGUAUCGGAUCAACGGGACCAGACGGGGGCCCCACGCCGCAGCACAGCUUGAACGCGAAGUACUCCUCCGUACGUUAAACGUCGGGGGUACAAGCAAUGGCAUCAUCGCCCGCCCCCUCCCCUCUUUUACACGAGACUAUUCCAUCGAAUUCGUUGGUCCAACGCUGAGGAGAGUGAGAGUGAGCCAUGAGCGGGCUCUUCUAUAAAGUCCCGCAAUUCUCCAGCGUGUUAGCUCGUUCGUGUCGAUCUACCAGUGUCUUUCAUCCCUUCACCUCCUCGACCUUUCUGUCUGCACAACUGUUUUCCACUUCUACCAAGAUGAGCUCCCCGGAUAUUACCUUGUAUACUGCUCAGACUCCCAAUGGGAUUAAGAUCUCCAUUGCCUUGGAGGAGCUGGGUCUGCCGUACAAGGUUGAGAAGAUCGAUAUCUCCAAGAAUACCCAGAAGGAGCCAUGGUUCCUCGAGAUCAACCCCAACGGCCGCAUCCCCGCCCUGACCGACACCUUCACCGACGGGCAGAAGAUCCGACUCUUCGAGUCCGGCGGCAUCCUGCUGUAUCUGGCGGAGCAGUACGACAAGGACUACAAGAUCAGCUUCCCGCGCGGCACGCGCGAGUGGUACGAGAUGAACAACUGGCUGUUCUUCCAGAACGCGGGCGUCGGCCCCAUGCAGGGCCAGGCCAACCACUUCGUGCGCUACGCCCCGGAGCACGUCCCCUACGGCAUCAACCGCUACGUCAACGAGACCCGCCGUCUGUACAGCGUGCUGGACCAGCACCUGGCCCAGAGCCAGUCCGGGUAUCUGGUCGGCGACCACGUCUCGCUGGCGGAUAUCUCGCACUGGGGGUGGGUGGCGGCGGCCGGCUGGGCGGGCGUCGAGAUCGAUGAGUUCCCGCAUCUCAAGGCCUGGGAGGAGCGCAUGCUGAAGCGGGAGGGUGUUGAGAAGGGGCGUCAUGUCCCUUCGCCGCAUACUAUCAAGGAGAUGCUUAAGGAUAAGGAGGCUGCGGAGAAGUCGCAGCGGGAGACGAGGGAAUGGGUGCAGAAGGGGAUGCAGGCUGAUGCUAAGAAAUAGGGACCCUGUAGGGGUUCCCCAGUAUUUCUCCAUACCUCUUUAUAAUCUAGCUUAUAUCAUAUCAUUUAAUCAAUGAAAGCGGAGGUCUCCCCCGG